AUGGACCAGGAAGCGUUCCGUAAAUUGGUGCAAGAACACACAGAUGGUGGAGAUGCAGCCAAGCCAUCGUCAACCAAACCUGCGCUUGCUAGACCCACAUUCUUUCAUCGACCUGGUGCAUCUCGCAACCUACCUCAGCCAAAAAAGGAAGCGACUAAAACUGAGCCAAGUCGGCGACCUUUGAAAGAUGACGAUACACCCACAUAUAGAGAUCGAGCCAAGGAAAGACGAGAGGGAAUCGAGGCUGAGGAUUUUGCCAACCCACAAUCUAUCCUAAACCUACUCUAUGCAAAAAAGAGUGACGAUGUGCAGAUGGAUGAGGAGGUAGCAAGUCAUCCUGAUCAUAGCAAAAACCUUGCACAAACAGAUCCGUCUGGAGACCUGGCUCCUGCAAAAGGAUUAGAUAUCCACCAACUCCGUCAAACUCGCCUUGAGAUGCGACUUCAGAAUGCAGCUGAAAAAAGUGCACAGGAAGCAGUUGCGUAUGUUGAAUCCAUGCAUGGUGCAACAGGGCCUGUAACAUGUUCAACACCAGCCCUUCAGCGCAUAUACGAUCUAGGCAUGCGUGUAGGUAAAUUGGCUCCACCACCUGCCAGAAACGAUCUAUUUAGUUAUGGACGUAUGGCUUUUGUCUGGAAGCUUGGGUUUGAUGGCAACAUGGAUGGUAGUGCUGCCGGAAAGUAUAUCGGAAGCGAUGAUAUGCCAUCUACUCUAGUUCGAUCCAAAAACGACAUCCAGGAAGAUACAAGACAAGCUACACCAGAAUCUCAGAUGAUUGUCGAGAAAUUGAUUGGUCUGUUUGAGUUUUUAAAAGGCGAGGAUCCAUCUACCGAAAGCUCAGGAAUCAAUACAAGUUCUAGUAAGCCAGCCGAGGCGUCUGCUGCCACCAUACCAAAAAAGCCACGUAAGGAUUUGGAUGUUGGACGCAUGAGCGAUUUGGAUUCUGAUGAUGACGAUUCCAAUGACGAUCAUAGUAUCCAGAAACCAGUGGCUUUGGCUGUGAAAAAAUCUGGUGUUGAAAAAGAGGAUGACAGUGGGUCCGACAUUUUUUCUGAUGCUGGGUCAGACUAUGUUCCAGUUAUUGUUCCUAAACAAAAACGAGAUGCGCUCUUGGUCAAUGCAGUGCCCACUCCGUAUUUUCUCUCUCCAGAUGAUCCACACCCUGUAGUAGCACAAACAAAAGAAGCUGAUCAGCCUUCAACAACGCUAUCUACAAUACUUAAGCAAAGCGCUGGAAUGCUUAAUGCAUUGCGAGGAGAUGGCACAGCAGAGCAGAUUAUGAGGCAAAUGGUGGCAGCUUCUGCCCUUCCAACCAUUGGACAGCAACAAUUAAAAAAAAGCAGUGGGACAGACAACAUGGAUACGGACAAGCAAGCAGCGUCUUUGAUUAAUCCAGGAAGACUUGCUGCGCUGGCCCCGCUAGAUUCUGGCAUGUCUGGAUCUAAUACUUAUGAGGACGCGUUCCAGUCUGAUGGUGACUCGGAUAUUGAAGGAGACGAUGGACGAGGGGAUAUUACUCAAAUGGAUCAUGGAACCCAGGCAAAUAAGAAGCGUCAGCUUGGGAGAUUUGAUUUUGAUACAUUGGAAGAGUGGACAGCGUACAAGGAACAGCAGGUGCAUAUGCCAAAAGCAGCAUUUUUGUUUGGCGUCAAGGCAGGUGAUCGUCGAGGCAAAAUGGCUGGAAUGCGCAAUAGUACAGAAGACUUUGAUGACGAUGAGGAUACUGAGCAUCGAGGUGGCAAGUUGGACCGUGAAUACAAGAUGCUCGAUAAAGUGUAUCGACAAAAGUUUGGUAGUGGAUUAGACCAGGAUGAACCCAGCAAUACGUCCAGUAGAAACAAUGGUCAGGCAGAUCAUGGCCGUAACAAACGAAUUAAAAAAUAA